AUGCGGCCGCCGAUGAGGUCUAGCAUAGCUUGUUUGAGAUGCAGGAAAUCCAAAAUCAAAUGCGACAACGACAAUACUGGAUCGCCAUGCGACACAUGCAUCAAGGCUGGACACAAGUGUGAAUUCCCUGAUCCUACGCCUCUACCGGCGAAGCGAUCAGAGCCGCCAACCGCGCUGAAACAGGAGAGAGAAAUAGGGCAUGACCGGAAGCGCGUGAAGAAGCUCGAAGACGCAACCUCCUCCAAUGGACAUACAGUCGCCGCGCUUGCUCAGGAAGUGCUUUCGGCGCCAUAUCUCACCGUUGACUUGUGGCAUCAACUCUUCGACAUAUAUAAGCUGCACUUCGCUACCGAACUCCCUUUCCUGCAUCUCCCAACCCUUAAAGGCAUCAUUCACGACAAGGAUAUCAAGAGGCCGUCGGCCGAAUCAAAUCUGAUUCUGUUGGGCAUUCUGGCUCUCACAGCAAGGUUUCACCCCGACUUGGUCAAGUAUGUGGCGCACAUCACACACGACAAAAUCGCGGGCCCCAAAUCCCGUGGUGCUCUACCUAGGCCGAAACCGUCAAUGGCAUCAGAGUAUUUCGCAAAUGCUCUUACAAAAGCUCUGGGCCAACUCGAAUCAGCUUUGACAUCAGCUACUGUCGUCCGUGUCCAGGCUUUUCUUAUGCUCGGCUUGUACAAAUGGAGCCAGCCAAACGGCGGCUUGGCUGCGUGGAUGUACGUUGGUGUUGCCAUAAGAAUGGCUCAAGGCUUAAAAUUAGGGUUUGGGGACAAACCUUUGGGAGGCAAGAGAUUUUUGGCACCUUCUCCCCGAUCAAGCAAAUCUGCCCAACUACCCUCGGACCGUUGGAAGGACCAGGAGAUCAGGCGCCGCACCAUGUUCAGCUGCUUGAUACUAGAUCGUCUCUUAUCCUGCGGAUCUGAUCGAGUUUCCAUGGUCCGAUCCGACGAUCUUCAAAUACAGCUGCCCUGCACCGAACACGCCUUUGACCUUGGGCGUGUCGUUUAUACCGGGUUCCUACGACAGGCGGGACAAGGAAUGGAGCCGACAAUCGAUGAUAGUGUUCUGAGCCGAUUUGUGCAACUGGCCGAUUUCUGGGGCGAUAUCACCAAGUACAGCUUCGCAGGCGGCCGCCAUACGGAAGCGCAUCCGCCGUGGGACCAAGACUCGACCUUUUACCAACUCAAUAAGAAGGUAGAUGCGUUUUAUGCACACCUGCCAGAAGAAUUCACCUGGUCUAGUUCAAACUUUUGGAAACACGACAAUAGCAUGUACGUGUCACUCCACAUGAUGGGUGCCCUCUGCAAAAUCAUGCUGCAUCGCGAAUACAUCCCUUUCAUCGCCAUCAAAUGUUCCGAGCCGGUGGGCCCUCUGGAUGAGCCCGUAUUCGACCCCGAUACUGUUCCCGAUCACUUUUGGGAGCGAAGCGCAGAGCAGGUUUUCAGGGCUGGAAGGGAAAUAAUUGACCUCAUAUCGACAUGCCGGGAUAAGCUUCCUCACUCGUCACUAGUCAUAUUCGCCAUAUGGCAAGCAGCUUUUGUCGGAAUAUAUGCACGUCACUAUCCUCACAUGGAUACUGAACAUCACAUGGUCAGCAAACAGGAAAUCGAAGAACGGAAUUCGGGAGCAGCUUCUGAAAACACUCAGACGGGAAACACCGGUAUCGCUUUCCAGGCAUUGACCAAGGUUGCGCCUUUCUUCAGCAUGGCCUCCAAUUAUGUAACGUAUUUCAAGGACAUAGAUCAGUAUCUCACCAAGGUUUACUUCGACUACACCAAUCGAGGUUCGAGGAAGAGCGGGGAUGGCUCUUUGACCAUUCGACUGGGUGGAGGUGGCGGCGGACUGGAAGAGUGGAGGGCAAAUGCUGACAAGAUUACGAGCAACGGCAUCAUUAUGGACGAAGACCGGCCAACGGCAUACGACGGCUCCGAUGGAUCACGGGCCAGCACAUUGGAAAGGAGCUCUUCCUUGGGCCCUGAGUAUUCCCACCUCAGCGCGAGCGGUGCGGACAGUCGAAGGGAUUCUCGCCAGGCGUCAACGUUUACCGCUAUCAACGCCGCCGCAUUCCUCCAGCAGGCCAGCCACGACGGCUAUGCCGGAGGUACAUCUCACCACUCGCCGACACAAAUCUUUCCUCCGACUCCCGGCUCCCUGCCAAAUGAAGCCGCGAUGGCCAAUCUGAACGCAGAGCCCGUCAGUAUCGACUCCUACGUGCAGCAGAAUCAGGGCCAGCGAUUUGGAACCGUGCUUGAGGACAUCCAGGAGUUUACUACGGGAGGGAUGGUCUGCGCGCCCAAUAUUGGGGACUGGGAUAUGCACAAGCCUCCCUUCUAUGCGCAAAUGGCUGGUGGCAAUCCAUUGCCCCAGUUCAGCGGGAGUUAUCCUUGA